AGCCUGCGGCUGCUCCUGGCUCACAGCGCUCCGGGCGAGGAGAGCGGGCGGACGUCGGGGGCUGGGCCGGUGCGGGUGCGAGGCAGGCGGAGGAGGCGCAGAGACAGCGGGGCGGCCGGGACGCGGCAGCCGGCGGCGUCGGGGCCGCGGCCUCUACCUGCCGGCUCACUUGGUGUCGGAUCCCCGCGCCCAGGGCGCACGGUGGAGAGGGACGCGGCGGAGCCGGCCGGCAACCAUGGAACCGGCCCCCUCCGCCGGCGCCGCGCUGCAGCCCCCGCUCUUCGCCAACGCCUCGGACGCCUACCCUAGCGCCUUCCCCAACGCUGGCGCCAAUGCGUCGGGGCCGCCGGGUGCGCGGAGCGCCUCGUCCCUCGCCCUGGCAAUCGCCAUCACUGCGCUCUACUCGGCCGUGUGCGCCGUGGGGCUGCUGGGCAACGUGCUCGUCAUGUUCGGCAUCGUACGGUACACUAAGAUGAAGACGGCCACCAACAUCUACAUCUUCAACCUGGCCUUGGCUGAUGCGCUGGCCACCAGCACGCUGCCUUUCCAGAGUGCCAAGUACCUGAUGAAGACGUGGCCCUUCGGCGAGCUGCUCUGCAAGGCUGUGCUCUCCAUCGACUACUACAAUAUGUUCACCAGCAUCUUCACGCUCACCAUGAUGAGUGUCGACCGCUACAUCGCUGUCUGCCACCCUGUCAAGGCCCUGGACUUCCGCACGCCUGCCAAGGCCAAGCUGAUCAACAUCUGUAUCUGGGUCCUGGCCUCAGGCAUUGGCGUGCCCAUCAUGGUCAUGGCUGUGACCCGUCCCCGGGAUGGGGCGGUGGUGUGCAUGCUCCAGUUCCCCAGCCCCAGCUGGUACUGGGACACGGUGACCAAGAUCUGCGUGUUCCUCUUCGCCUUCGUGGUGCCCAUCCUCAUCAUCACCGUGUGCUACGGCCUCAUGCUGCUGCGCCUGCGCAGUGUGCGCCUGCUGUCGGGCUCCAAGGAGAAGGACCGCAGCCUACGGCGCAUCACGCGGAUGGUGCUGGUGGUGGUGGGCGCCUUCGUGGUGUGUUGGGCGCCCAUCCACAUAUUCGUCAUCGUCUGGACGCUGGUGGAUAUCGACCGGCGCGACCCGCUGGUGGUGGCCGCGCUGCACCUGUGCAUCGCUCUGGGCUACGCCAAUAGCAGUCUCAACCCCGUGCUCUACGCCUUCCUUGACGAGAACUUCAAGCGCUGCUUCCGCCAGCUCUGCCGCAAGCCCUGUGGCCGCCCGGACCCCAGCAGCUUCAGCCGCGCUCGCGAAGCCACGGCCCGCGAGCGGGUCACCGCCUGCACCCCGUCCGACGGUCCCGGCGGUGGCGCCGCCGCCUGACCAGGCCGUCCGGCCCCCAGCACGCUCCUCCCUAGUGACCCGGCGGCCACAUGAGUCCCAGUGGGAGGCGCGAGCCAUGAUGUGGAAUGGGGCAGUAGAAGGUCGGAGGCUUGGGAUCGCCAGAUGGGGCCUGUGUUUUGGAGACGAGGCCGGGCCGCGAGAUGGGCAUGGGGUGGGCCUCUGGUUUGGGGCGAGGCCGAGGGCAGAUCAAUAGCGCGGGGCCUCUGGACUGGGUGCCCCGUCCACGGCUCUAGGUGGGGCGGGAAUGCCAGUGACUCCAGGGGAGGAGCUGGACCUGUGGCUCUGGAACUGAGUCCCUAAACAGGGGUUCUCCAGGGAGGCGGGGCUUCAUCCUUGAGACAGCCUCGGUUUCUAGCUUGGAGCCGGACUGUUGGAGUUGGGCGUCCGGGCCCAGGACCCAGGAGGGGCAGUGGUGGGGUCAGUUGCUUGAAAACUGAGCUGCAAGACUGGGUCUCUGUGUAGUAGGGAGGAGCCUCCUGUGAGGGGAGACCCAGAGACAGGACAGCCGGGUGUGGCCACAGCUCAAGAUUUGGUCACUAGAGAGGGGGCCUGUGCAAAGGACCUGUGGCCUCAAUUUCGGAUACAGUCCCAGCCCCGAGUUCUAGCAAGGGGCAAGGCUCGCUGAGGUCCAGGUCCAACUUGACACCUCUAUAAAUAGAAUAUAAAAGACUGAGGGGCCAGGCGUGGUGGCUCAAGCUUGUAAUCCCAGCACUUUGGGAGGC